AAACUAUCCAUAUCAGCAUUAAUGCCAUUCUUGUAAAAGCAUAUAGAUAUUAAUGUUAAUGCCAUUAACAUAAUGUUAACGGCAAACAAACAGGAAAUUAAUGUUUACAAGAACGAUUUGAAUGGGUAGAAUCUUUUUUGUGUUAGACUGAACCAAAAUUCAGAUACCAGAAUUGUUGCUUUGGUUCAGAUAAGAUGACUUGAAGGUCUCACCAACGUCAUGAACUGAUCUCUGCUGGUUGACCUGAAGCUAACCAGCUUUCCUGAAGCAGAAUGUAAGCCAAUAGGAUUUCAUAGACCUGCUAUGUCACAGAGGUUUGGAAAACAAGAUGGACUAAACGUCCUGACAUCAAAAACACUUGCAUGAAAAGUGUCAUAGGACAUUUAUUUAUUGUUGUUUUUUAAUGCUGUGUCAACAUCUAAUUCAAUCAGGACAUAUUUUUCCUUCAUCCAUCAUGUGAGGUGAAGAAAAAGUUCUUGCAAAACAGGCUGGACACACGCAAAUAAAUGUGUAAUAUGUAAUUGAUGAGAAGACAGCUGCCAGACGUUUUUGUUGAGGAGCAAGCAUUCUGUUUUAUACUUGUUCUUAAUAAGAUUAGUGGUCUAAUCUGGGAGGAGUCAGGAAUAACCUGCGGAGCUGUGGAGUGCUAGAACUGCUCACACAAUCUUUUUUGCUCCCUCUGAAGACACUGACCCCACAUUUGAUAAUUCACAGAUGGCCUUUAAGGAAGGAGACUUCAGGCUCCCUUACCUCGCUCUAUGAAGAUAACCUGACACAGGGGGCAGCAGGAAGGCCACAGGAUUGAUUUUCCACAGAGCAAAAGAAGGAAUGACAAUUUGGUUUGAGAAAUACUGGUAACAGUAGUUUUGAAGGGACUCUUCACCAGACAGCAGUCGUCAGCAUCACAUUUAUGGUACCAGAGGUAAACCCGCUUUUCUCCGUUUCAUUUUUUAUUUUUUGUUAGUUUGUAUUUCUUUACAAGAUAAGUACUUUGUACUUUACUGUUUUGUGGGGUAUUUUUGGAACUUUUUUUUGUAUUCUUAUCAGCCAAGAAUAACAUUUCAAUUCUCUAAAACACUAUUUCCUUGCUUAUUUAAACCAUAGUACACAUAAGUGUGCAUAAUAAUUUUUAACCUUUGUGUUUUCAGUCUUUGAUAUGACGCUCAGUCUGAGUCCACAUGGCAUUUCAUGUAAAGAUAGGAGGUGGAGCUCUGAUGGAAUACAUGCUCAAUCGGGUGUGGAGGUGAAGACUGCAAAUAUGAUAACCCUGCUUACUGGAGAGAAGACCAACAGGCCAUAAAGGGCCUCUACUCCUCCUGGAUCACAGAGCAUCUUCUUGCCAUGUCCAGACCUUCAACGGAAAUUAUUGAAAAGUUUGACGUAAUCAAUCAGUUUAAAAGGAAUGGCAUCAAAUCGGUCAUCAACCUACAGAUGGUAGGAGAGCAUGCGAGCUGUGGAAAGCCUCUGGAGCCAGAUAGCGGGUUUUCAUAUCGUCCAGAGGUCUUUAUGGAAAACAACAUUUUUUUCUAUAAUUACGGCUGGUGUGACUACGGAGUGGCCAACCUCACCACAAUGUUGGACAUGGUGAAGGUGAUGGCUUUUGCACUGCAGGAGGGAAAAGUAGCGGUCCACUGUCACGCUGGCCUCGGCAGAACAGGAGUUUUAAUAGCAUGUUUCUUGGCCUAUGCAACCAGGAUGACCGCUAAUCAGGCUAUUUCAUAUGUCCGUGCCAAAAGACCUAACUCCAUCCAGACUAGAAGUCAGCUGCGUUGUGUCAGAGAGUUCGUCCAGUUCCUUGCCCCUUUGAGGACUGUGUUUUCCCAAGCUGAGCCACGUUCCAUCCCCGUUACCCUGUCCCAGUACCUAAACCGCCAGAGACACAUGCUGCAUGGUUACGAGCGAAAGGAGUUAAGACAUCUUCCAAAGAUAGUCCAGCUUGUGUGCAGGCUGCUGGUUGACAUCGCAGAGAAUCGGCAGGUGAUUGAGGAGGAUAUACUGGAGGCCCCUGACAUUCAAGACAUAGAAAUGACUUUGAGUGUCAUUGAGAAGAUGGGUCCCGACUUUCAUACUCGGGAGCCACGGUUACCGGGAUCGCCAAUUUUACCGAGGCACUUUAACGAGCCGCCCAUCUUCUACCACCGCAAAAGUCUGAGCUACAGUGACUCUGACUUGAGGGGGCUGAGCUCUCAGCUCAAUCUCCUCACACAACCACUGACAUCUAUCUCCAAAUCUGAGACAAAGCUCCCCUCAUGUUCAAGCCAAGGUCAGAGAGACUACCCAUCAGAAGUCUCCCACAGCUCUACGGGCUCUCUUUGGCAAGUCAAGAACCAGCAAAACGAUGGGACCAUAGUGCUCAAGAAACUAAAGAAGAAAGUAAUCCACCGUAGCGAGUCGGUGGGAAACAAUCAACCCCCCAAAAAGGGUAGCAUGUUGUCCAGGUGGAAGGCUGAGCAGAGGGAGGAGCGGGCUCUAAAUGGGAAAAAAUAUCACGAUAAAGAAGAGGAGCAGUCUGAAGUUCCCUUCAUCACCCUGCAAUCAGAGCUAUCUCUGGAUGGCAGGAGGUUGCUGGUGGCACAGGCCCUGGCUGUGGACCUGUUUCUAGAGGGGCAAGAAGAGCACAAAAACAAAGUGCUUACCUGGCAGGGAGAGCUGAACCAAGGCGGUGCAUGGGAGAGACUGUGCAUGGAGCGUGAUCCCUUUGUCCUGACUGGGCUCAUGUGGGCAUGGUUAGAACAGCUGAAAGAGCCCGUCAUCUCCAUCCAAGAUGCAGAAGCCAUGAGCCACAACGAUUGUGAUGCACAAACUGUGCUUGACAGUCUUGAUCAGGCCGCCAAAGAAACAAUAACCUGCAUACUACAUUGCAUGGCUCAAAUGCUGACGAUAUCAAAAGAAGUAGAAGUGGCAUUCCUGAAUCGAACCAUCAAGGCUUUCACUUGGAUGGAUAUGAACUCUGAAGAUAGAAGACACGUAUACACGUCUAUGACUAAAACCCUGAAAUGUGUGCUGGAACACAUGAGGUCAUUGGUCACUGAGCAGGAGAAGCCACAAGAAUCCCAACUAAAAUGAUCAAAACUGAUUUAGUGACUGUGGUGCUCUGCAGACAGGAAAGAAACUAAUGUGCCUUUUUCAGUUCUUUAUUGUAAAAAAGUAGCAAGUGUUUAUGUGGCUUUAAGUGUCUCUAAAAUUGACUAUAAUCAUCA